AUGGGACGCCGCCACCCCCUGGACCCCCCGCGCUACCCCCCAGUGGUGCCCCCCGCCCCCCCAGGCCGCCUAGAUGACAGUGACGAGCUGGUGGUGGUGAGCAGCGACGAGUGUGACGCGUCGUUCACCUCUCAUCACUAUCACUCACCGUCCGCCUCCCCCAGACGCUCUCCCCAUUUUAAAUCUAACCCGUUCCCCCGUGGCCGGCCCCUCACCGCCUCCCUUCCCCUGCCCCCUGCCCCUCCAAGACCCCAGGGGAGAGAGGACCCCCACACCUCCCCCAGUGGUAUCUCAGGGUCUGAAAAGCUCCCAGGUGCACAAGCAGACACUCAAAGCCCCCCAGGUGCAAACACAAAGCGCGAAGACCCCAGGAACAGCCUCACACGGCCCCCAGAACACAAAACCUCCCCCAGCUUUAUCACCCCAGGAGAGUCUAAGCCCCAUUAUGAGCAGAAAGCAAAAAUUUACCCCAGCAGAAUAUCGCCAGGCAGCAGGAAGGACUGGACACAAAACCCCAGCAAGUCCCCGGCGGAAACCCCAGGCCACAGCCCCCCAGCACCCCAGGAAGACCCCUGGAGCCACUACGUCACCUGGGGGCAUGAAACCAGGGGGAACCAGCCCUCGCAACCCCCCAGUGAGAAGCCAAAGGACUCCAGUAGCAAGGGGAAGGCUGGGGAGGUGAAGGGUGCUGGGGAGAGGAAGGGGAGGACUAGCAGGAGGUCAGCAGCCCCCAGGAGGUCCUACUCAGACCCCUUGUAUGAGUAUCUGAAGGAAGACCCCAGGCUGGCUCCCCUUCGUCGCCCCCCCAGGAGACGCCGCCACUCAGUAAUUUCAAUGCUACAGAAGUGA